GCACGAUUUCCCAACGCAAUGAGUGUAUAUAGAAUGCAGUUGAAUCGCAAUUGCUGGAUUCCCUCUCUGCCAGUGAGCAGCGAACACGAGAAUGACUGACUGACCUUGCAGCAAGCCAGGGGGAGUCGACGUCGGUUGUUCCAAAGGCUGGCGAUUCAGGCGGGAGGACGGCGCUAGUCCCAAUGCAGAUAGAUUCGGGUUUUGGCCUUAACCCCGGUUUGUGGUUGUGCUUAGGUAAUCCCAAUGGCGGCUGCGCUUAACAACAUGUUUGUCUUGUUUGCUUUAGAAGUACUCUCUCAUACUAAAUUAGUGUGGUGGUACGGUACGGUACAAAAUGCCUCCUAAUGCGGUUGUCGGUAGUCGAUUCAACUAUUAAAGCAAAUAUUUGGGGAUUAUAUCUAAGACUUCAACUCGGCGACAGCUGUAGCGCGAAAUGAAAGAUAGAAGGGAGGGAAAGAAUAUAUCAAGCACUCUAUUACCAUUUUUCACAAUUGACCAAAGAGCCUGCAUCUCCGACUCACUCUUCACUUCCCCUGCCCCGCCAUGUCGAAUUGAUACCAUAGACACAUCACGAACGAAGGGAGCGCGUAGCAGCAUACCGCCACCGUACAUCAGAACAGACUUAUAAACAAGUUCAAUUUGCCUACCUCUUCACAAUGACGUCCUACUCAUCCGCCAGCCAAGCGUACGAGCGGGAACGUACCCCCGCAAACGGAAUCCCGCCCUCCACCGCCACCGCCUCCGCCUCAACUCCCUUAACUUCCAUGUCUGACAAAUACCGUGGUGCCACAGUUGAAGACCUCGACCCACCUGCCGCCCUUUCAACUUCCCCCCACGAUCAAAUAUCAAGCGCCCUCCUGGCCGCCUACGAACGCGACUAUACCCACCUAACCGUAAUAUCCUCCUCCUCGCGCUCGCUACUAGGUUACCUCAGCAUCCCGAGGUUAAGAGCGCAGCUGAAAGAAGGCACCGUCAGAGAAUCCGAUCCCGUGGAGAAGGCCAUGUUGCGUUUCCGGAGGCGCGGGCAUGUGUAUAAGAUUAUCACCAUGCACACUCCUCUGGAGGAGCUGGAGAGAUUCUUCGAUGGCGAGCUGGUGAGAGAAGAUGGCAGUGUAGAGAGGAGAGAGAAGCAGGAUUUUGCCGUAGUGACUGAUGCGAGUCGCAAGUUUGUGUUGGGCGUGGCGACGAGGCAGGAUUUGGAGAAUUUUGUGAAGAGGAGGCCUGGAUAAAUGGCUUUGAGGAAGGGGAGUUAGUUUAGGGAGUGAUAGUUUUCUAUGUGAAGGACAUGGGUCCGCAGUGUCACAUCUAGUGGAACCCCGUGGCGGAUUAAGUGAAGCAAGAUACCUACUUUCUCAUGUAUUUAUUCCCACUUCUCUAAUAUCUACUUGUAUCGUAACAUGAUUGGUUUGAUGGACGAUUCAUAGUUGGACGGACUGCUAGUGGUAAUAUAAGCAAAUUUACCACAGUAUAACAAAAUGGAUAAAUUCUCUGACCUGCAACGAGUCCAAAUACAUGAUGAAUCUUUAGAAUGAGACAGCAAAAGGGAGAUGUGAAAAGGGCGGGAAGAGGCAUAGAGAUGAAAUAACGCCUGUUCACAUUAGGCACACCACAAAAUCCCCCAUUUUAGAAUCGGAAAAUCCGCUAGUUCAAACAUGGGCAGCUGCUUGAAGGAGGCCAAACCAGCCGGCUGCCCCUGGACUGAAAACGGCCCUAUAACCCUAGUUAUGAACAUAGAGGCAACUAAACCAAAACAAUAAUUAAAAAGCCAU